CCAAACCAAAAAAGUCUAAUUUCGACUAAAAUAUAGAUAGCUCGCCAUCCUCGAAACUUCUCUCGGUAUCGUCGCUCUUAGUUUAUUCUUAUCUCUUCUCUCCCGACCAAAAGUUCCGUCUUUCAACUUUCCAAGGUAAAACAUGGACGUCGCUACCGCGAGUUUGAUCCAAUCUCCCGUCUUACCUCGUAAAACUUCCGACAACGGUGCUGGAUCUAUGUUCCUUACAGCCAGUGGCCCCGGGUUCACGCGUCCUGGUUCAGGACGUCAACUUCGCUUCAGGCAAAACGCGUUUGCUAGAUUCUCAAGACCGUUGCAAAGCUCAACAACUCGGAGAAGUUUGGUUGUAAGAGCUGCGGCAUCUGAUGAUGAUGGCUCCUCAUCAGCUGCUAAACCUAUAGCGCCGCUUCAGCUUCAGUCGCCUGCUGGUCAGUUUCUGUCUCAGAUUCUGGUGACUCAUCCUCAUCUCGUCCCUGCCGCUGUUGAACAGCAGCUUGAGCAGCUCCAAACUGAUCGUGACUCUCAGGGACAGAACAAAGAUGGAUCUUCUGCACCUGGAACUGACAUCGUUCUCUACAGGAGAAUCGCUGAGUUAAAGGAAAACGAGAGACGAAGGACACUGGAAGAGAUUCUCUACGCAUUAGUAGUUCAAAAGUUCAUGGAAGCAAACGUAUCACUAGUACCAUCAAUAACCCCAUCAUCAUCAGAUCCAUCUGGUCGUGUUGAUACUUGGCCGACCAAAGUAGACAAACUCGAGAAGCUUCACUCUUCCGAGAUGUACGAGAUGAUUCACAACCAUCUAGCCUUAAUCCUCGGCCCUAGAAUGGGUGACCUUACUUCCGUUGCACAGAUAAGCAAGCUCAGAGUUGGUCAAGUCUACGCUGCUUCGGUCAUGUACGGAUACUUCUUGAAACGAGUGGACCAAAGGUUUCAGCUCGAGAAGUCUAUGAAGAUUCUUCCCGGUGGGUUGGAUGAUGAUAGUAAAACAAGCGUUGAGCAGCCAGAGAACGUGACGUUUCAGUCUGUGUCGUCUCACCCUGAGGUUGGUUCAUUUGCUGGUGGUGUUAGUGCUAAAGGGUUUGGUAGUGAGAUUAAACCGUCCCGGUUAAGGACGUAUGUGAUGUCGUUUGAUAGUGAGACGCUGCAGAGAUACGCUACUAUAAGAUCAAGAGAAGCAGUUGGGAUCAUUGAGAAGCAUACAGAGGCAUUGUUUGGUAAGCCUGAGAUUGUGAUAACUCCUGAAGGCACGGUUGAUUCGUCUAAGGAUGAACAGAUAAAGAUCAGCUUUGGUGGGAUGAAGAGGCUUGUCUUGGAGGCUGUGACUUUUGGUUCGUUUCUUUGGGACGUUGAGAGCCAUGUAGAUGCGAGGUAUCACUUUGUAUUGAACUAAAAGAAAAAUGGUGUGUACUCUUGUAAUGGAUAUGACUAACAUUAAGAAAGAUAAUCAUUACAUUUAAUAUGAUGUUUUGAUUGUAAUAAGCUAUUUGCUAAAGAGUGAUAGGGAAUGCUACAAAAAUUACAAAGAAACCGAAUUUAUUAGACUUUUAAUCAAACAGAGGAUAGAAGAAGUUGUUUAGAAGUAACCCAUUUGUGCAAAACCUUACCAAACACAUCGUAGAAGACAAUCUCUGCAUCUGUGUG